UUACGUAGGGUUGUUAUUGUCACGUGACCAUUCCUAACUCCAGCCGCUGCUUGAAAGUGCUAGAAGUUAUGAUGAAACCAGGUGAAAUAAAAGGUUCUGACUUGUGGCCGAGAGGUUUAUUAGUUAAACUUCACUCCGUCGGUCUGUGUUAAGUUUCCUCUCAGGCUUUUCUGGUGAAAAGCUUCUUUAAACCAGAAGCUAACUUUACUGUCGGUGGGGUUAGCAUUAGCCGAAGCGCCUUCAACGGAGGAAGAACUGAACUCACAUCGUGUUGCUGCUUCCUGUCAGGCUGGUUUCAGGAUGAGCAGGAGAUCGAGGUCGUCCCAUCUGGGCUUGCUGAUGCUGGGCUCCCAGCUGCUCCAGGUGGGCCUGGACAACAUCCCCCCGGUCACUCUGGCUGUCCUGGCUCUCAAUGUUUACCUUUACCUCUUCCCAGCAGCUCCGCUCCUGAGGACCUGUGUGAGCGUCCAGCAGGCGUACUGGCAGGGUGAAUGGCGGCGGCUGCUCCUGGCGCCGUUCCACCACGCCGACGACUGGCAUCUGUACUUCAACAUGGUGUCUCUGCUGUGGAAAGGGAUGAACCUGGAGCGGCGGCUGGGCACGGCCUGGUUCAUAUACGUUCUGUCCGUCUUCUCCGUGCUCACCGGGGCGGUGUACCUGCUGCUGGAGGCGCUGCUAACAGAGCUAGCUGACGACCAGUCCUACAGCCAGGCCUGCGCUGUCGGCUUCUCUGGUGUGCUGUUUGCGCUGAAGGUGCUGAAUAACCACUACCACCCCGGCAGUGUGACAUACGUGAUGGGGCUGCCGGUGGCUAGCCGCUACGCCAGCUGGGUGGAGCUCAUUCUGAUCCACUUAACGGCACCUGGGACUUCUUUUGUGGGUCACCUGGCAGGGAUCCUGGUGGGUUUGCUCUACACGUCCGGACCGCUCAACAGAAUCAUGAGGAAAUGUGCAGAUUUGUUUAUAUCAAACGAACACGGAUCACAUCGCAACUACUACAGAUCUUCCGGCACAUCAGGUUAUGCUGGCCAGAGUGGAGUACACUAUGGAUACUUUCAUGACCCCCCAGGUUACCACACGGCGUCGUACACCGGCGGGUUGACGGAGGAGCAGCAGCUGGAGGCGGCCAUCAGAAACAGUCUGCACGACCGAGGACGAGGCAAUGACCGACGAGGUUGUCCGUAUCGUGACUCCUCUGAUGAUGUCAGCGCCGAGGAGAUGAGGUGGAGGAGGAGGAGGCGGUUCGACAGCUGAACUCUGGUUUUGGUGGAAGGAGGAACAGACUGAGGAGGAUCGCUCUGAAUAAAGCGAUCAAACGUC